AUGGGCAACUCUCAAUCGAGCUCAGCCAAAGACGAGACUCGCCGCUCCAACCGCCUUUCAAAGCCCCUAACAAAGAAAUUCAGUGUCCGCAAAAGCUCACAAAAGCCCGAAACAGAUCCUUCAGUGACCAGUUCAGGGCUGAUCACAUGGGACAACCCCUGGGUGGAGAAGAGUAUCUCCACUCCGCCUGCGGAGAAACGAGGAAGUUAUUCCAAAAAAGCAGAGAUCCCGCCUACACUCUUUGAGACGGAAGCGUCCCAAGAGAUUGCUCUGGAGGACCAUGCUUUUCUAUAUGAUCAGACUCCCGUGCAGCGUCGUCUGUCCCGCCCAAGCCCGGUAACCGCGCCUUCUUCAAGAAGAACGUCGUACCAGUCGGAACGCUGGGAUACAACUGCCCCAUCUUCACCUCUCGGUGAGCAGCCACCAAGGCGGGCUAAUUCGAGUCGAACUCCUUUACAGAGACAUAAUAGCGCUGUCUACGAAAGCAAUGCAACGUCCUCAAAUACCCACUUUUUGGUUGGCAACCAACGAUUUUCACUAACACGUCGACGAUCACUCCUGACACGGCCUGGAGUUGCCACAAGACGAACCACAGGUACAGUUCGACGUGUUCCAUCGCCAAUUGGAGAGCCCGAAUGUUCAACCGAGGAUCCCAAUGAUUCAACCGUUUUGCAUUGGCCAUUGCCCGCUGAAAGACAUUUGCGUCUCCCAUCCCCAGCACGACCGACAAGUCCCUCAGAUGCCCGAUAUACUCAGCUUGGAGCACUCAAGCUGGGAUCUUUGCGGGUGGUCAAUGGCUCGGCCUCCCCAUGUCCUAGCGAGCGCAUUCCUUUGAAUGAGCCGUGCGUUCCGGGUUCUGGGCUUGGUCUUGAGAACGUGAAAGUUGGAGGGCCUGCCAGGGGUGCUAAGCUGGAGAUCCCACUCUUGCCCGACUUGAAAAAAUACGAUGAUGUUCCUGACAGUCCAUUCUCUUUCGAAAAGUCCCCUACUAUUACAGCCCGAUCUCGGGCGCAGCCUAUCUUUCCUGGAGAUCAAGAAGAUGAAGGGAUUGUUCUCUCUGAUGAUACGAGAAUCCAACUGGAGAAAGGUGCUUUGGAUGCUGGUCAUGUCCGGAGCACGUCUCGGUCCUUCAACAAGUCAGAUAGCGGUUACAGUUCUGCCACCUCAGUCCAUUCAAUACAGCGGAGCCGGACUCAGAGCUCUGUUGAAUCACAGACAUCUAUUUCAUGUGGCACAGACAGUUCAAAGAAUGGGUGGGUUUCGAAUGGCUCGGCUUCAAGUCAGUCAAAGGAUAUGUUGCAACGUCACUUAAGCCUCCAAACAAAGCCAGAGAACUACUCAAGGCCUUACCCAGUCGCCUCUCGCUGGUACGAUUCAAGCGAUCCAACUCCCCACGCUCCGUUACGAUCGCGUCGGUCAACACUCUGUGCGCCACGAUACACAGAGUAUUCGACGCCUUACCCGUUUGUUGUCGACGCCAAGUCCACACCCGGACUCUCUUCGCCGCUUCAAAGCCAACAAAGUCUGACCAGGGGUCCAUUCUACGGCGAUCGACUCUCCUUGGGUUUGUUGGAUAUCGCAUCGACUACAGGUUCUUCUGUUACCGGAGAAUCAAACCUCAGUCGCCAACAGUCAGUUAAUGAAACCAAGGAGCGACUGCGUAGGUCGGCCUCCGAUUAUCGUAUCCAUGAAGAAUACGAUGCUCCAGUCUCCCGAUCCAGAAGUCGACUGGGAAGUCGUAUCUGGACCAAGAAACCGGGUGUAGACGCCCCUCCACUCCCCACUAUUCUAUCUCCAGGGUAUUUGCAAGAUGAUCUCGAUCUUGAUAUUGGAUUGGUUACUUCUGAGCCGAUGCGAGGCCGGCCUCGAAGCCGGAGCAACGAUUGUCGCCGUCGCAGGUUGACAAAGCCACGUCCCCAGGCGGAUUUGUGCAUAUGA